CUCAGUUGCUGCCACUUCCACUUCUUGUGUUAUCUUCUUGCGGCUUCUCUGGUUUUCUCCCACGCCCACAACCAUGGAAAUCCGGCGAACGAUAUUGUCGACAUUAUAAACAAGAACCGUACAGAUCAAAAGCUUCCUCACCUGAAUGACAGUCCUGGUCUAGGGUGCAUGGCCUUACAAUACAUUGAAUUAUGCAAAGGAAAUUGCACUGGCAACAAUGUAGUGAACUGCAAGCCUUCGGAAGAUGACUUCACCGAAGUCUUCGCCCCCAAUUGUGGCGUAGAGCUGCCAACUUUCGGCACCAUAACCGGACACGUAAUUGGUUGUCAAAAGAAGUAUGUUGAGCCAUCAAUAGCAUUUUCCCAAGUUCUUGUGAAAGAUAAGAGUUCUUUGUCUAUUUUGAAGAACAAAUCACACACUGAGGUUGGAGUGGGGCUGGUUGGAGUCCAUAAAGGACCUUUCUUUUGGUGUGUUUUAUUUAGCAAUGGACAGACAAACUCUACAUUUGUGCUUGAAAAUCGUGGUGAAGGUAUCAAGCAAAGGAGUGGGUGCUAUAGUGGAAGUAGUGCUCCAUGCAGUGGAGCACAGAAAAGUGGUUUUGCACCAUCUAGCAUAUUCUCCAUGUCUUAUGUACUUAUUUUGCUUUUUACAUUUUUGUGAUCGAGGUAUCUUCUUGAAAUUAUUUUGUUUAUUCUGUUCAUUUUUCUUAUUUAUAAUUUAGUCCUUCUAUUUCACU